AUGCCGUUGUCCGUCGCUUUCAGGACUUUGACUCAACUCAAUUUUCACCUCGAACUGAACGAAGAGCAGACAAUUGCCGAGGUAAAAGCAUUGGUUGCAUCGGAACGAGGAGACGAUUAUGCCCCAGAGUUGCAAAAGCUAAUUUAUAAUGGAAAGAUUCUGGAUGAUGCGACUAAAGUAGGAGAGGUCGGAUUCGACUCGUCGAAAUUUGUUGUUGUGAUGCUCGCUAAGAAGAAAGUUACAGCAGCUGAACCAGCUUCAACAGCGACAUCAUCUGCACCAGUCGUUCAGGAAAACGCUCCAUCCACGCCUGCAGCUCCGGCUUCGAUCGCUGAUCCGGUUCCAGCUGCUCCAGCAGCAGCCGAACAACUCACCUCACAGCAAGAAGAUACCGUCUCAGCUAUCACAGGAAUGGGAUACGAUCGAGAGCAAACUAUUGCUGCGCUCCGUGCUGCUUUUUGGAAUGCUGAUCGCGCAGUUGAGUUUCUGCUCACUGGUAUCCCAGAGGAUGUCGUUGAUCAGGAACCUUUAUUGGCAGACGCUCCAGCUGUGGAAAAUGAGGAGGAUGCCAAUGACGAUUUGAACAUGCUAGCUAAUAUGCCACAACUCGGUGAAAUUAGAAACAUGAUUCAGCAGAAUCCGGAGAUGCUUGCUGCUGUUCUCCAGCAAUUGGCCGCUGUUAACCCAAGACUUGUGCAAACAAUUCAAAACAACCAACAAGCAUUCAUGGAUAUUUUGAACGGAUCAGCCCCACCUGCCGGAGGGGUUGAAGAAGGAAACGCUCAAGCCAGACAGCCACGCCGUCAUGUGAUCCAUCUCAGCCCUGAGGAAGCGGAAGCGAUUGCUAGAAUCAAGUCCAUAGUUUCGAACGCCCCAGAGGCUCUUGUUGUCGAGGCAUACUUUGCAUGUGACAAAAACGAAGAAGCUGCGAUCAAUUUCAUCUUCAGCUCUCUCGAUGAAGAAUAG